CAUCCUAUAAGUAUAUGAACAGGAGGACACACAGCUGCUUCAUUUUUUUUUAAAUUGAUUGGCGAUAUUUUUGACGAGCGCCGGCAGCAGCUCAUCCAAGUCUCUUGACAAGAUGCCCAUGGUCGCGUUGUUCUGGCACACCGUCAGGAAAGUAAAGACAUGAGCACUACUGCCAGUGAUUGGUGAUGAGGCGUAUUCAGUGUAGUGUGGUGUGCUGGUGGUGUGGUAGGAUUGCAACGUUAGUAGUUUGUGCGCGGUCCUUGCGUAGGCUCAUAACAUAUGAACUGCUGUUCAAAGCCGAAUACGAAUGGCGCCUGGAGUUCCUUGGUGCAUCUUGCAAUCGCAACGGUAGUGAACUGGAAUGUGGGCAUGGUGUUUGUUUCACUGUCAUCAGAAUAGCCACUAUAUCGUUGCUCGAGAUCCUCUUGUCUUGGAUCACAUUCAGUGGCGGCGGUGUAUGGAAUCACCCACGGAUCAGAUACGGUCCAUAUAGAGAAGAUCAUUGGAAGAGUGCGACAAUUCUAUUGUGGGACAACUGUGGAAUAAGGUAGCGAGGGCGACUUUUGAUGCUGUUGUGAUGGGUAGUAUGGGCU